CCCACUCCUGCGUGUAUCCCUCACAGGGGGAAAGUCAGUGUGCCACUCAGUUCCUCCUGGAAAACUGUGGCAGGACGCACAGCAGCAGCAUGGAGGCAUCCAAAGGAGAGGAGCGGUCUGCGGAACAGGCUGCGUCUUUAUUUGGGACCCCAGACCCAGAAAGUCAGAGGAGACACACUGGAAGGGACAAGAAGAGAAGCAACUACUGGAAAAUUAUCACUGGGGUCCUGCUGCUGUGCUUACUGGUGGUCAUCUUGGCUGUGGUGUUUUCCAAGAAAAGCAGCAAAGAUGAAGGGAAACUGUGGAUGCAGGGGGACUUUGAGGAAAUACAACAACCACAGUGUCCACCUGGUUUUUCCAGGUCUCCUCUCAUCCUGGUGUCCUUGGACGGGUUCAGGGCCGAGUAUCUGAAAGAUCACAGCAGCCACACUCCUGUCAUCGAUACUUUACGAAACUAUGGCACGACAACAUUAAACAUGAGGCCGGUUUAUCCCACAAAGACCUUUCCGAACCAUUACAGCAUUGUGACUGGUCUUUAUCCCGAGUCUCAUGGGAUUGUGGAUAACAAGAUGUACGAUGUGAACAUAGACGCUUUCUUCAGCUUGAAAACGGAACAGAAAUUCAACCCAGAAUGGUACCAAGGAGAACCAGUCUGGGUCACUGCUAUGCAUCAAAACCUGAAGACAGGAACCUUCUUCUGGCCUGGCUCCGAUGUAAAUGUCAGUGGCCUCUUUCCAAAUUACUACAAGCUGUAUGACAAGUACGUCACAUUUGAGAAGAGAGUAAAAACACUGUUCAACUGGCUCAGUUUACCUGAAGGAGAAAGGCCUGACUUUUACACUUUGUACCUGGAUGAACCGGACACAUCAGGACAUCGUUACGGGCCAAAUAGCAAACAGGUCGUUGCGGCUUUAGAAGACGUGGACAGGAUUAUGGGAAUGCUGAUGGACGGCCUGAAAGAGAAAAACCUGACAGACUGUGUCAACCUGAUCAUCGUAUCUGACCACGGUAUGGAGGAAGCUACAUGUGAAAGGGCGGCGUAUGUGUCGUCCUACGUCGACAAAGUUGACGACUUUACCGUCAUUCAAGGCCCGGCCGCUCGAAUCCGACCCAGUGCCCUUCCUCAGAACUACUUCUCCUUCGACUAUGAGGGCCUGGUGAAGAAUCUGUCGUGCAGGACUCCUGACCAGCCAAUGAGGCCGUACCUCAAAGAGAACCUCCCCAAACGGAUGCACUUCGCCAACAACGUACGCAUCGAGAGAGGACAUCUGUACAUGAGGGAGGGCUGGCAGGCGGCGCUAAGCCAAAAGGAAAUCAAGUACUGUAAAGGCGGCUUCCACGGCUCAGAUAACCUCUUCACCAACAUGCAGGCGAUCUUCAUUGGUUAUGGUCCAGCGUUCAAACACCACACUGUUGUGCCCCCUUUUGAAAACAUCGAAGUGUACAACCUCAUGUGUGACCUCCUCGGUAUCCGUCCUGCUCCGAACAACGGGACCCACGGCAGCCUGAACCACCUGCUGAAGAACCCGGUCUACCGGCCCGUCCACCCGGCCCAGCUCUCCCAUGACACCCCCUGUGAGGCAAAUGACCCCACCCCCACCGAUGACCUGCAGUGCACCUGCAGCUUGCAGACCACGACGUCGGAGGUUGAUAUGAACAGACAACUUCUAAACACUAAUGCCAGUGUUAAAGCUGUGUUGCGGCGCCUCCACCAUCCUUUUGGCACCCCUCAUGUCGUGCAACCAGACUUCGUUUUCUGCCUCCUCCAUCACUCCGACUACCUCAACGGGUACAGCAGAGACCGCCACAUGCCCCUCUGGGUGUCGUACACCAUCGAGCCCCUGACCGGAGUCCAACCCCUGAGCCCAGAUUUGGAGUUGUGUGUUCGUGCUGACGUCCGCAUCCCACCACCCGCCAGCCAGAUGUGUCGACGCUCCGGCUCCGACCCCGCUCUGUCCUACGGCCUGCUGCAUCCCCCCAAUCUGAACGCCAAAGGUCCCGAAACAGACUCACUCAUCACAAGCAACAUGGUCCCGAUGUUCCCAAAAUUUAAAGAUGUCUGGACCCAUUUCCACGAUGUCCUGCUUCCAAAAUAUUCACAACAACUGAACGGAGUCAACGUCAUGAGCGGUCCAAUAUUUGAUGAAAACUAUGACGGAAACGUUGAUAAACCCAAAACACUUGAAGCGAAUGAGGCUCCUGUCCCCACUCAUUUCUUCGUGAUCCUGACCAGCUGUGGGAACUCAACCUUUAACCCUGCUAACUGUGAGGGUCCACUCCAGGCCCAGUCCUUCAUCCUGCCCCAUAGACCUGACCACACAGAGAGCUGUUCUGAUGGUGCAGACCUGACAUGGGUGGAGGACUGGCUCAAGUUCCACGCCGCUCGAGUCCGGGACAUCGAGCUCCUGACCGGGCUCAGUUUCUACCACGACAGGAUAUCAGUGGAAGAGACGCUACAGCUCAAGACUCUUCUGAAGACUGCUUAAAGUCAGACACACAAACUGAUCUGAGCUCUGUUUUUUUUUUUUUAAGGGAAACCAUACAGGUCUGUUCCACAGGCCUCAGUCCAGGUGACCCGGGUUCAACACGUGCCUCGCUUCCAAAACUCUUCCAAUUUUCAGACCAAAUUGAUCACUUUGAGGUCCGUCCAGUGUUUUGUUUUGUUCUGUUUUUUUUUUUUUUAUUUCAUCACAUGUCCAAAUCAAAUGUAAAUAUUCCAUGUGUGAAAGCUGUGUAUUUGUUUGAGAUAACAUGUCGGAAAAAUGAUGCUGUGGAUCUCCAAAGACGUCAUCACAUCUGCUGAGCUACCAGCAGAUAAUUUAAAAAAAAAAAAAAAAGGAGCA